AUGGAAGCAAACUCUACCGAGAAUAUUAUGCCAAAUGUCUUCCCUCCUCCCCCUCCAGGCCUCAACUAUAUUGCUGCCAUUCAGCCGUCGCUCACUUUUCUCAUGAUUGGUACAGCAUGGGGAGGGGUUCUGCUUCCUUUGCUUGUCGCUCUAUUUUAUUUCUCUACCAAAGACACUCGCCGUCGGCCAAUUUUUAUUUUAAACGUCCUAUCUAUUUUAUUGGGACUUUUCAUGGUAUUCUUUAACGCGGUUCUCGAGAUUCGAGCAAUCCUGGCACCGUUACAACCCCUUAAUCCAUUAACAUCAGUAGUAUUCGGCAUUGUCAGCAGCGGCACUCCAUUACUCGUCGAGUUCAUCCUUGUUAUUCGGCUUCUCGCUGUGUAUCCCUUUACCCGUACCCCAAAGCCGAUAUGGUGUGCAAUAUUUGUGCCUCUGGUUCUAAUCAAGAUUGGACGCAUGGUCAACAUAAUAUUUUUCUCUGUUCAAUAUGUUCAGCUAGUUCAGACCGUUUCUGGAGAUCCCAUUAGUGUUGCCCAAAGUCCAUGGCACCGUUUUCCAGGCAUCAAAAUUGAGUGGAUCCUUCAGGUCAUUGACAAUACUGCAACAUCGACUCUAUUUAUCUUCCGACUUAAAUCCGUCAUGCACACUCCAGGACGAACAGUAGCAUCAGGUACUUAUCGCGUAACCUAUACAUCAAAAAUUAAGGCACUAUUCUGGAUAGCUGUAUCCAACUUCGUGUUCCCCGUCAUUUUGAGCAUUAUCCAACUGAUUAUGCUUUUCCGUGACUCCAACUUUCUAAAAGGGGCAUACACAUUUUUUACCAACGACUACGUAGAAAUUGUUGGCGUUCUUCUGGCGACUGUUUGGGCAUCAACAGCUCAUUGGUCAGACCAGAAUCCGACAGCCGAUAUCGAGUCAACUAAAGUAUAUUCUGGACCGUCUCGUCUUGCCAGACAUAUCUGGUUGGACAACUCGCAGUCCUCCGCAUCUACUGGUAACGUAGUUGAGAGCCUUGGCAUCCCCGGUCAUAUUGAACUCGAUGGAUUGAAAGAGAGAUCCGAGGGGGAGAUCGGUCCUAUAAAUAAACCAAAAAAUGCUCGAUCUAAACGAGCCCUGGAGGCACGCCAGCCCAAGGAGGUUGAAGAUCCAAGAACCGCCAUUUUUGUAAAGGGAACUCAUACAGGCGAGGUCCUCAAUAAUGUUAUGCGUGAACUGAUGGCCUUGAAACGUCCAAAUGCUAUUGCUUUUAACAAGAAAAAUGCUAUACAUCCAUUCGAUGAAGCCUCGACUUCAAUAGCAUCUCUUGAAUUCUGGGCAAACAAAAAUGAUGCAUCGAUGUUUGUUUUCGGUCAGACGACGAAGAAACGGCCUCAUGGAUUGACUUUUGUUCGUAUGUAUGACGGAAAAGUUCUGGACAUGGCAGAAGUUGGAGUGGAGAAUUGGGUCGGGAUGGCUGAUUUUAAAACUCCCAAAUCGACACCAGGACAUAAGCCACUGAUGCACUUUGCCUCUGAGCUGUUCGACACCCACCCGCGGUUUAUUCAGCUUAAAUCAAUGCUGAUCGACUUUUUCAACGGCGAAGAGAUCGAAUCAAUAUGUCUUCCUGGCAUCGAGCACAUCAUCAGCAUCUCCUGUGGACCAACCCCCGAUUCGCUGAACAACGCCACCGCCAUGGCGUACGCCUCACGGCCCAAACCCUCUAGUGGUGCGGUAGUCGAGGACACUUCCAACUUUCCAAAAGUCCACAUCCGGACAUACACCCUCAAGCUACUCGCGUCUGGUACACGCAUCCCGCGCGUCGAGCUUACGCCGAUGGGGCCGUCGCUUGACCUCGUUCUGCGGAGACACCAGCCAGCGGACGCCGAGCUGCUCAAGCAGGCUAUGAAGAGACCUAAGCUGAAGAAGAGCGAUAUCGAGUCGGGUCUUGGCAAAAAGAAGAAGAACCAGGAAGUGGACGAGAUGGGCGAUCUCAGAGGACGUGUGCAUGUAGGAAAUCAAGAUCUGAGCAAGUUGCAGACAAGAAAAAUGAAGGGGUUGAAAGCGGGCAAGGACGAAAUGGAUGUGGACGAAGACUUUGGAGGAGAACCCAACCCCCGGAAAAAGAGAAGGACAGAGGCCUAG